CAUCACAACCGCUGAGCAUAAGAACCAUGAGGACAGCCAGGAAGGGCACGGUGGAGAUGCCUGCGUUUAUGCGGCAGCUGGUGAAAGAGACGGAGAAGAGGGUCAGCUCUUUCUUCAAAGGGGGCCGUGGAGGAGCGGCAGAGGGGGAGCAGCCAGGGGAGGGGGAGAAGGAGGAGGUCAUCCCCAGCCCCUACCUGGACCGGCCGGUCCUGGACAAGCUGGCAGAGGAGGGUUGCGCCCGCUGGGGCCUCACCUACGCCCUGGGGAGCAUGCAGGGCUGGAGGGCCAACAUGGAGGACUUCCACAACUGUGUGCCACAGCUGGGUGGAGAGCUGGCCGACUGGAGCUUCUUCGCUGUGUUCGAUGGACACGCAGGCAGCACGGUGGCACAGUACUGCUCCCAGCAUCUUCUGGGUCACAUCCUGGCCACAGGUGGAAUCGGAGCAGAGGACGACCCUGAAAGAGUGAAAGGGGCCAUCGUCGACGGCUUCCUACAAACAGACAAACACCUGCUCACUGUGGCACGUCGAGAAGGCUGGGAGAGGGGAGGCACCACCGUGGUGGCCACUCUCAUCUCACCUUACUACAUCUACUUCGCCAACUGCGGUGACUCGAGGGCCAUGCUGUGCCGGUCCGGCCAGGUCUGCUUCUCCACCGAGGACCACAAACCCUACUGCCCCCUGGAGAAGGAGCGCAUUGAGAGCGCAGGCGGCUCCGUGACCAUCCAAAGGAUCAACGGCUCCCUGGCAGUGUCCCGUGCUCUGGGGGACUUCAGCUACAAGGGGGCUGAGAACCGGACGCCCUGCCAGCAGAUGGUGUCACCAGAGCCGGAGGUGUGCGUGGUGGAGCGCUCGCCAGCGGACGAGUUCUUGGUUCUCGCCUGCGACGGAGUGUGGGACACGAUCAGCAACGAGGAGCUGUGCGCCUUCAUCCACAACCGGCUGCGGGUGUGCACUGAUCUUAGAGACGUCUGCACUCAAGUCAUUGACCUCUGUCUCUAUAAGGGCAGCUUGGACAACAUCAGCAUCAUCCUGCUGUGCUUCCCUGGAGCCCCCCAGCUGUCCGCGGAGGCGUUGCACCAGGAGGCCGAGCUGGAGGACCUGCUGGAGUCCAAAGUAGCAGAGAUCUAUGAGGAGCUGUGUGCCAGGGGAGAGGAGCCGGACCUGCUGUCCGUCCUCACUGUCCUCGCGUCCACAGCCAUCCCCGGGUUACCACCAGGUGGAGGCAUACAGAGCAAGCGGAACUGCAUUAUUUCUGCUUACUACCAACAAAGGGAGACACACAAACCUACACUGCCAAAUGGCCUGGGAGGCUCCUGAGAAGCCCGGUCUGGAUGUUAUCUCCACGGAUCCAUGGACGGACUGUAAUUAACGUCAAUAUUAAAACUGUUUUUCUUCGUGUGUGCAAUCUGACGAAAAGGGAGAUAAUUAACAGACAGGGACGUUUGUUUACAUCAUGCCAGCAAGCAGCACCUUGUCACAACAAAUACAAUGAAAAAAAUAGAUCUAAUAGAGCCUGAUGCAUUUUAUAUUUAUACAAGAAGGACAUUUUGUAAAAACUUAACUCAGAGAUACUGAUCCAGCAACAAACCUCUGCCUCAUAUCCAGUGAACAGAAGUUACAGAUGAUUAUUACAGAUGAUAUUAUGAACAACAGCCAACUGUGAAACUGAACAUUUUCACUGGAUGAAACAGGUGACAUGAGUGUGUGUUAAGGUAUAUUUUAAAAAUGAUGUUUUAAGAAUAGAUAUAAUAUAUAUAUAUAUAUGAGUAAUAAUAGAGUAAUUAUUUAAACUUAUUUUCUGUUGGCCUUUCCUCCGUAGGAAGGAAAAAUGUGUUGACUGAAACCUUGUCAUUGUUAGCCAAAUGCUAGCAUGCAGCUAGCAUAUAUAUAUAUAUUUGUUUCAACAGGGAACUGAGCUAACAGUGCUAGUAGCUGGCAUACUGAUGGGAACGCACAAAGGUAUACUUUUCCCACGGGUUUGGAGGUGACAGGCAAAAUAAACACAGAUUUAAUAUUCAGUUUGACUAAUUAAAUCACAACACACACACUUAGUCAAGACAAAACCCAUUUCACACAUGAUUUACAUUCUUUUUGAAGAAGUGUUUUAUUUGUGUUUUAUUUUAAAGGUGCAAUAUGUAACUAAUAAAAAGACCAAAAGUGUGAAUAAAUAACAAGAGUCGACGCAAAAGACAUCUAUUGUUGUACGGCUGAGAUAGCUUAUGAGGUUAGCAUGCUAACCGGCCAACACUAACACUCCCCCCCUCCAUGCCCCGAGCUCCCAGUCCUGGCAGGGUCAGCUAAUACAGCCGCUAUCUGCUAGGUUAACUAAGCUUACUAGCCAACAGUUAAUUAGCAGCAGUUAAUGUUUGGAGCAGCAAUGUUUGGAGUUGGAGUUGUGUAUUGCACCUUUAAACAUGAAUUAAAAACAUCAAUUUAGCGGAAGUGAUGUUUAGAGACAGUUAUCUGACAAAAACAAGUGUGUGAUAGAUGAUUUUCUAGCCUGGAAAGUCUGUUGCCAUUGGACUGCGAAAAAACUGAGAUCAAAACAUCCACAACUUGGUCAAAAACCUCAAAAUCUCUAUUUACUGAAUAAGUUCUACAUGUAGACAUGUUUUGCAAAGCAGUUCUCCUCAUGUAUUAACCAUCGUUCUAAACACAUUCUUCAAUACGGUGUAUAUGAAAUGUGUUUAUUUUCCAUGAGUUGGAUAAUAUGUACUGUGCUGCCUUACUCAUAUUUUAUAUAGCUGAUAAAAACAAACAGCAUCAGAACGGGUCAGUUUCAGAACGGAUCAUUUAAUCUGCAUUGUUACAUUAUUUCGGUGAGUAAAAUUUUCUGUGUAUAGACGUUACAUGUUAGGAGUCAUGAUUGUUUUAAUCUAAAUAAAGAAUAUCUGACUGA